GCUGUUCGAUCGCCGUCAGGUUAGGUGUGCGCCGUGUUUGUGCAGGUGAAAAUUAUCUGAUUAUCAUUGUAAAAGUGUUAUAAAGUGUUUAAAUUUUACCAAAAGUGGUAGUGUGAUAUCUGUGUAACCGAAUUCACCAAUAAUUGCCAAGAUGAGUCUGCUUCCGGAGGAGGAUCUGAACGCGUAUAUCAUGCAGACCCGCGGCGGCGCUCCCGGAGAUAUCCUCGGGGACAAUCCGCCCCUCGGGCAGCUGAACAACGUGCAGCACAAGCGGCCCCGUGGACCGAAGAAGGAGCGGCCACGGCUGGCAAACAGCAAGACUCGCUACCCAUUGAGGAAGCGCUCAAGACGGAACUGACCGGUUCGAACAGCAUGAAGACGCCGAUUUCGGUGCUGCAGGAACUGCUGAGUCGCCGUGGCAUUACGCCUCAGUACGACCUGAUGCAGGUCGAGGGCGCCGUCCACGAGCCGACGUUCCGCUACCGGGUUUCGUACCAGGACAAGGACGCCAUGGGAACGGGCAAGUCCAAGAAGGAGGCCAAACAUGCCGCGGCGAAAGCGCUGAUCGACAAGCUGACCGGAUGCUCCUUCGGCGACACACCGGUGGGCGGGGUGAGCGUCAAGAGCGAUCCCGAAGCCGGCAGCGGUGACGACGAACCGUCCGGCAACCCGAUCGGCUGGCUCCAAGAAAUGUGCAUGGCCCGCCGCUGGCCACCACCAACGUACGAAACCGAAAUGGAGGUGGGCCUGCCCCACGAGCGACAGUUCACGAUCGCGUGUGCCGUCCUGAAGUACCGCGAGGUCGGCAAGGGCAAGAGCAAGAAGAUCGCCAAACGGCAGGCGGCCCAGCGCAUGUGGCAGCGGCUGCAGGACCAACCGCUCGAACCGAACCAGAUCAUCCAGAUGCUGGACGAGGAGGGCAACGAGGAGCUGAAGGCGGCCAGCAUCUCCGGACGGUACGCCGGCCUCAAGGAUGUGCGCAUCCCGAGCCUGACGACGGGCCACGGCCAGAAGGUGUCCCAGUUCCACAAGGCUUUGAAGUCUCGCAGCGGCGAAUCUCUACGUAGAUUGCAGAACACUUGUCUGAACGACAAGUCCGUUGACUUUGUCCAGAUGCUGCACGACAUCGCCACCGAGCAGCGCUUCGAGGUCACGUACGUGGACAUUGACGAGAAGACGCUGAGCGGCCGCUUCCAGUGUUUGGUGCAGCUGUCGACGCUGCCGGUUGCCGUCUGUCACGGCAGUGGUGCCACGGCCAAGGAGGCACAGGCCGCCGCCGCCCGCAACUCGCUCGAGUAUCUGAAGAUCAUGACCAAGACCUAAGCUGCGGGUUUUUUUAUGUGAUUUAACUGACGCCAACUUCGACGAUAGACCAGCAUCGCAGUGGUGAGUUGCAGUGAAGAGAAGAUAAUUUGGGCGCAAAGUAAGUAAUAACGAUGGCGCUUACGUCGCAACAAAUUGAGCCAGGCGUCAAUAUUUCCUAAAGCAAACACAUUUUUACUCUGCGUAUUUGUCUUAACGAUUGAUUUUUUUUACACGUCGAUAGCAAAGUCUUGUAUCGACAUAAGCCAUCACACAAUACGGCGAAUAUUGUAAAGAUUGUAUUUCUAAUUGAUUUUUAUUUGUUUGGACAACUUGUCAAUUUGCUUUUAUUUUAAAAUUAUGAUUUUCAUGCCUUUUCGGUUUUACUUUUGUAUGCUUUAUUUAUAAAUCUUGCAGAGAAAAAUUAUAUCGAAUAAAUUAACUAUAUACAUAAAUAACUAGUAUUGCUAAAAAAUAUUAAAAUAUUACACAAAAGAAAAAAAAAAACAAUUAUUAUAGUAUCUUAGCUACACGCACUACUUAUUGCAGGUGAAACUGUAGCGUUGUGACGACAAAUCUUUUCGAAACAACACCGCCGAAAACAUUUGUCGUGUCAAUUGAUAAGAAUUUGACAAAGGGAAAAUAACAGAAUCAACAUCAUUCGAGUUAUUUAUGUGUGUAGUAUAAUCACGCGAAAAUCCUCAAAAGCGAGUCCAAAAUCCAAGGAUCGUUCGAGUUUAAAACUGAUCAAGCAAAGAAAAAUUAUUAGAAAGUUACACAAUUUUUACAACACGACACAAGAUAAAAAUUAAAAAUAACGCAAAAUACUUGCAAAGUGAAACGAAAAACAAAAAAAAGGUUAAUUUCUUUAAAAGCAACCCGCAAAUAUUAGAUGCAAAAAUGUGUGCGUAUUGAAGCCAACAAAAACAAACAAACAAAAAGUAAAACCAAGAUCGGCAGCAUCUCCACAAACGGAGCAUGCGCCAAUCUUGCUUGAACCAACAUAAUACAAGCUAUACUUUGCAUAGAAUUAGUGGGUUUUAUUUUCCAAAAUCAAUAUAAAAUAAUCGAUGCGUGAAGGAUUAGAAAAUCGUCACGUGCUUAAUCGAUAUAAACUCAAAAAAAAGUCUAUGUUUUUGCCUCAGUUUGAAAUUUUUCUUUUAUUUUUGUGCUUUUAGUUAGUAAUCCUUAAAACUACACAUUUCAAGUGUUUCCAUUCUAUCUUUUUCCUCAUACAUUAUAAUAAACGCUAUUUCAAAUUAAUUACCAAACGAUAUGAAAAAUAAAACAAAAUAGUACAUGUAUUUGCUGUCAUUAAUGGUAACAACCACAAACACACACACAGAAACUACAAGAAACAUAAUAUGCUACAAUGAAUGAAAGCAAACAACAUAUUUGAGACAUACCAAAAAGGGUGGGAUUUUUUCAAAAUGCAUCUUACCAGACACAGAGGGAGAACAUCAAACUACGACGAAAGCUAAGAGAAAAGUCCCAUACUUGUAGGAAAAUGGGCAUUAUUUUAAUGCAAAGUAUAGAGGUUGUAACCAAUCCUUGAAAAAUAAAUUUAAAAUAAUCACACUUGAGAGAGGAUGAAGAAACACACGAAAAACAGCAUCAGUAGCAGGUCCCUACGUGGUCUGGAUGUAUCGUGUGCGCCCGAAUAUGCUCUUUCCCGAUAAAUCUAUGGACAAUGAAAAGUGUCUUCAACGUGUUGUAGCUGGAGCAGAGAUUUCCGAUCGGGAAGCAGCGUAUUGUGUGCAUAAUAUUGUAGUUUUCAUGUAUUUCAGCAUAAUGAAUAAAAAAAAAAAAAAAUGCAUAACUGCA